UGUUGGCAGUCCGUCGUACCAGAGAGAGCGAAGCGCUGGAUUCAAGUGUUUAUAUCUCUGUUCUGUUGGCUCUGAAAUACUCCGUCCGUGCAGGCUGCCGGGAUGGGAUGUGAUCUGGAUGGCUGACGGAAAGGGACGAGGACCAAUCACAUGAUAACAUGCUUGCUCGUAACCGCUUCCUCCUCCUGGUGGUGGUGGGCGGAGCUGCGCUGGCCAUCAUCAGCCUCAGCUUGCAGUUCCUGAACCUGAUCCCCACCACUCCCGUAGAGGAGGAGCGACCCUUCCACGCUGCCGAUGGAGGUGUUGGGGUGGCUCUGGGAAAAAGCAGGAAAAGAGUUUUCCCGAUGCCUUACACCCAGGAGCCUGACCCCGUAGCCGAAGCUUACGGCUACUGCAACACUCCCAACCGCAGCGAACAGGCCUGGGAGGGUCACAGUCCAGCUGACUACAAGCUUCUGUCCGUGCAAGUGAUGAUUCGCCAUGGUGACCGUUACCCGCUCUACUCCAUCCCCAAGACCAAGCGACCCGCCAUAGACUGCACCUUGUCCAGCAGCAGGAAGCCUUCCCACCCUCUCCUGAACCCCUUCAUCAGUCACAUGGGCCUGGGAGGACGUGGUCACUGGGAUUCGCCUCUGAGCUCUGUUCCCCGUCUGCCCAACCACAGUUCCUGUGAGAUGGGAGAACUCACACAGACAGGUGUUGUUCAGCAUCUACGCAAUGGGCAGCUCCUCCAACAAGCCUACAAGCGUCACAACCUCCUCCCCUCUAACUGGUCGCCCCGCCAGGUGUGGGUCGAGACCACAGGUAAGAGCCGCACCCUGCAGAGCGGACUGGCCUUCUUCUACGGAUUCCUGCCAGACUUUGAUUGGACCAAGCUGACCGUGCGCCACCAGUGGAGCACGUUGUUUUGCAGCUCAGCCUGUGACUGCCCCGCCAGGAACCGGUACCUGGAGGAGGAGCAGAGGAGGCAGUAUCGGCUGAGAGUGAGCGAUACCGAGCUGGAGAGGACUUACGUCGAGAUGGCUCGGACUUUGGGUCUGCUCACCCGCACACUCCGAGCUGCAAACCCUAUUGACUCUCUCCUGUGCCACCUGUGCCACGGCAUUCCUUUCCCGUGCGUUCCCGUGGGAGAUAGUGGUGCCAGUGGAUGUCUGACAAUGGCGCAGUUUGCAGUGAUCCGUCGCCAGCAGCUCGAUGAUGAGGUGGAGCGUAGAAAAGUGGGGCUGUACCGUAAUUAUGCCAUCCUAGCCAUGUAUCCUUACCUCAACAGAACUGCCAACAAAAUGGAGCGUGUUGCUAAGGACAACGAGGCUGGUCGUCAGCCUCGUCCCGGUGGAGAGGAGGUCUUCACCCUCUCUUCAGCGCAUGACGUCACCAUGGCUCCAUUGCUGAGCGCUCUGGGACUGGAAGAGGCCCGCUUUCCACGUUUUGCAGCGCGCGUAGUCUUCGAACUAUGGAAGAGUCCCCCGGCGACGCAAGGACAGCCGAAGAAGAAAGCCGGCAAGGGCGGGAAGUCGAAGGCGAAAGACGGGGAGCUGUUCCUCAGGGUGCUCUACAACGGCGAGGAUGUGACAUUUCACACCACCUUCUGUCGCUCCCAUGACCGCCACACAGGCCAGCCCCUCUGCCCUCUGAAGAACUUCCUGUCUUAUGUCAGGAGAGACAUGUUUAGAGUUUUCAACGCCACGUCCUACCAGGAGGCCUGCUUUAGGCGCCCUGUUUGACCGAUGGACAGAUGGUGCGGAUGGUGCCUGAGUGGAAGACAAGACUUGGCAGAUGGUUGUUGUUUUUCUAGUUCUCACUUUUAAAGUCGGUGCACUUUUUUGCUGCUCUUACAGUUCCACAUAUUUUUAACCACAGCCCUCUGACAUCGCUGAGCACGAGGAGAGGAGCAAACACGCAGGACUGAAACUUUGCUGAUGUCGUCACUUUCUAACAUUUUCUACAUUUUUAAAUACGGUACUGUAAGUUUUCUAAAGCAUGUCUCUAACAGGCGAGUAGUUUAAGAGAAGCUGAAUGGCACUUAGCCACUUUAUUCACAUGUUCCAUAAACCGUGGAAAUGUAAAAAUCCAGUAUUUUCUAAAUGCUUGAAGAAACAUGGAGGUCGAUGCUGGAAACACUUUGCAGGAAGAAUCAUUCCUUGGAAAUAUUUAUGUCUUUUUACUGACAUUCACAGUAGUGUUGUUGUUCUCGAGACCACCUUUUGAAGGUCUCGGUCUCAGAAUCUAAAACACCGGUCUCAGACUGGGCAGACUCCAGAUUUUAAAUCAAGACCACCACUGAUCGGCUGUUUUUCCACAUCAUUACUGCGAUUAGAACGAAAACUCCUCUUUCCAAAAGAACGAAUAACUUCAAUUCAUUCAUAAUUUGAUUUUUAUCCAAAUUAUCUCGACCACUUCCAGGUGCAUUUCAGGAUGACGGUGAUCCAGUUUGAUACGCUGCUCUCUGUAACCGCACAUUAAAAAGAGAACACAGUAUGACAGUAUGUUUGAGGUAGGGACACACACACACACACACACACACACACACACACACACACACACACACACACACACACACACACACACACACACACACACACACACACACACACACACACACACACACAGGGUUGGAUGCAAAAAACUCAGAAAAUCAAACUUGUUCCGAAAUGAAUAAUGACUAAGGUCAGUUUGCAAACACGAUUUACAUAACAUGUGGUCGUAUCUAUUUUUUAACAUGCAUCAAUUUCAGGUGGAAAAAAAACGACUCGUGUGCAAUGGCCUUAAGUGAGUGACACGCCUGCUGCACACAAGAUGAUGAUUCUUCAGCGAUAUUUAUGGUCUCGGUCUCACCCUGCCUUGGUCUUGACUCAGUCUCCAUCCCUUAAUGUCUUGGCCUUGUCUCGGUCUCUGAGUACUCUGGUCUCGGGUGUGUCUUGGUCUCGGUUAGUGUGGUCUUGACUACAACACUAGUUCACAACCAGAACUUCAAUCCCUCAGCGUUUCUUUGGAUCUUAAAGUCGAUUCUUUGAAAAAUAGGCCGUCAGUUUAACUUUAAGGGAUCAUUUUAACUUUGACAUUUCAACUUCUUUUGUUUGAGUCCAAUUCUCUCUGUUCUUUUGAAAAGAACAGUUUGGGUAGUUACAGAUCAUCUGCACGUUUACAAUGACAUUCCACUUAUUGUUUGUGUUUGUAGGAAACUGAAUCUAAUAAAGUUCUUCAUGAGCAGAAAGAUAUCAGUG